AUUUUAUUUUAUUUUAUUGUCAAUCUAUAAGAAAAAAAAAAGUUGAUAAGAUGAAAGCUUGUAUUUGUGUUGAUUAUCUAUCGCACGACUGGCGGCCAACUGAACUCAUACGCGCUCAUCGGGAAGCACGAGAACUGACAGUGAAGAACGGUGCCAAGCUUUAUAUCCAGACCAAUUUAGAUCCAAAGCAGCAAAGACGCCUACAGAUCGAACACAACAAACUUAUCAGAUACCAAAAUGCACUCUGGAGACAAAUGGCCAAACGAUGCACUGAUCAAUUGGGUCAAAGCAACCAACUCGUCAGUCCAUCCGCAGUCAACUGGUAUAGUUUAUAUUCUGCAAAAUAAAUAAAUAAUUUCUAACACUAUAUCAAAUUAGGCAAAAGGAAUCUGAUAUCACUUGGCUCUAUGGUCCUCUUUAUACAGAUGCUGGACCUACCGUCACUCCAUCGUCAGUAGCUUCAUCUCCGACUGGCCUUAAGCCUGUCCUCAAACGGAGAGGUCAAUCCGACUCUAAAAGCCUCGACUCACACCCUAUUCUUCAACGUCCAUGGCCAAAGGCUCGAUCAGAAUCUUCCGUUAGAUUCAACCCCGAAGUCAAACAGAUGGAGUAUAUUCCAGAAUCUCCAGUCCUACAGGCAUUUGACUCCAAAACAACCAAAACCAAUCAUAAAGAAGAAAAAGAAGAAGAAUAUGGCGAUAUCUUUUGGGC